AUGAAGCAUCGUCAUGAGGAUCCUCCCUCACAAGAGAAUGAAAGAGGGCAGGAAACUCAGUGUAAACAUCAACAGCGACAGGAACAGGGGCACCAGCAGAACCUGGAGAAGCGGAUUGAGACGAGUGGCAUUAUUCCUGUAGUGCAGUCUCACUCUGCAGAUACACCUGCUUCAAAGUCUGACACAUGGAAGCUUGCUGUCUCUAGCCUUCCCCCCGAGACUUUACUAGUGUGGACUGCAGCCCCUCGAAUACGAUCACAAGCGACGGCAGCUGCAGUCCAGCGGCGCAAGGAUCUCAGUAAGCCACCAGACGAACUCUCAGAGCAGGAGAUUGCCCAUGAGGAAGAAGCUUUUAGAAACAUCGGAGGAGCUUCUUAUUGCCUCCUCCGGAUUCGAGGCGGCACCGCACUGGACUGUUGCUCCAAUGCACUGAGGCUGCCUUAUCGGCACGGGCUUGUAAGUGACGGGGCAUCAAUGAGGCAGCUGCUCUUGGCGGAGGAGGAAAGAACUGCUUUCUUCUGCCCCCGGCGACUGCCUCUUGUGCUGCAACGUCUGUCUCGCAGUGCCAUGCCACUCAAUACAAGUUGGCAGAAGCACCAGCAGCAGCAGGGCCAUGUUUCAAUCGUCUCUCCUUCCGGUGCAAUACCCAAUCCCAGUACAUGCCCAGCAAGCACCGCAGCCACAGACACAGCACACAUAGCUGCAGCGUUGAGACAGGCGGAAGAUGCGUCUAACAGUAGCCUUUGCUUUGUCUUGCCCUUGCUAUGGGCUGUCGCUUCGUGGCAUUCCUGGCUUGCCGACCCAUUGCCAGCCACCGCUGCUGCUGCUGCUGCUGCGUUAGGGCUUGACUGCACCACAGGCUCACGAGCCGCGGCUUUAGCUGCAGCUGAAGGCCUCUGCGCGUCACCAGCGGCAUCUGCCUCAAGGACCCCCUCUGCUGUGCAGCACAAUGUACACCCGGCAGAAAGCUCAGCAAGUCUUGCUGCACCUGCUACUGCUACCGCGUGUCUGCCACGAGGCGUGUGCCCCCGCUUAGCUGCUCUCAGAGCUCUCGCUUACUGGUGCUGCUGCUGCACUCUCGCACAGCAGAAGGCUACAAACGAGCUACAGCGCAGGCGGCAGCGGCAGCAGUCCUUGUUUCAGCCCGUCCAUGCGGGAGCAAGCGGGGCAGGCACGGUGUUUCUGGGAGCCAGCAGCAGCAGCAGCACAGCCCUUCUGCGGCAGCUGCAGCAGGAGUGCAGGGAUUCUUUUGCACAGCUCCUGCAGCAGCAGCAAGAGGCACAGAAGCAGCUUGCAGAGCGGCAGGGCAUUGAAAUGGAGUCGGCAUGCGCCUUAAAGGAGAAGCAAGAACAGCUUUUGCAUGCAGCGGCCGCUGUAAGCUGCAGCUUCGACCGUGGCAUGUCCUUUCAAGCAACAGAGCUCUCAAGAGGCACGGCGACAACUGCUGCAACGACAGCAACUGCUGCUGCCACUGUUGCGCUUGAGGCGUGCGAGAAGGAUCUCGAAGCUCUCGUUUUGCAGCAUGUGAGCGAAUGCGAUCUGCUGGAGAAGCACUGGAAACACGAGCAGAAGCAGCUAGUGCAGCAGCAGUUGCGGAUGUUCAAGGAUGUGGCGACAGACCUGUAUUUACUGCAGCAUGGCGCUGACGCGGCUGCUUCAGGGGCUGCUUGCCAGAAGCUGGUGUUGCCACCACUGCCUUCGGCUGGUGAGACUGAUAAGUGGGCUUUCAGCUGGUCGCAGCAGCAGCAGGAACGGGAGGAGGAGCAAGACAACAAGAUGCCUGUGCUUAGCAGCUCGGAGCCGACGGGAGAUCCUGCGCAGCAUUUUCCCAGAGACGGCAGAGACAGCCCUCGGGUAAAGGGGACUGUCUUCGCCGCUUACGCUCCUGAUGCAGUUGCUGCCGAAGGUGAAACUGCCUCACCACGACCACCAGCGGCUGCCGCGAGAACGCAAGCCGUCGAACUUGUCGACCCCCUCCCACCAGCAGCAGCAGCCGCAAGUGGCUCAAACAAGCUCCAGCCAACAAGUCAGCAGCAGCAGCAACAACGGCAGCAGAUAGGGGAGCUUGCGGGAACUCCUGAACUCACUCAGAAUGCAGGGCAGCAGCAGCAACUAAGACACCACCCAAGGCAAGUGGGUUCUACGCAAGCAGCAGCGCGACAAGGCCCUCCCUUCGACAUGCCCCGUCUGCUUCAAGGCAUGUCUGCUCCAGGCUUGUCGCACCAGCAUGCAGCCUUUGCACAGAAGCAGCAGCAGCUCCAGCAGUUUGGUGCGGUGAAGGAACACGCACAGGUGAGGCUCAUCUUCGGGGCACAGCAGAGACGGGCCGUGUGGCUGCACAUCUGCACAGGCCUCGUUGCCGACUUCUUCCCUCCUACGGCUAGUGGUUCAGAGCAUCUGCAGGUGGAAGAGGGAAGGGGUGUUUUGUCAGCAGGCGAAUGGCUUUCUCUCACAGGCCGAGGGGAAAGUGGCGGCUGCUGUGAGGGGCCCUCUGAGGACUGGCCUGGGGGUUCCUCUUCCUACUGUUAUGUAGACGUGCGCAGCAUGCGGGGAAGCUCCAAUCCUUUCUCUUUUGGUGGAUGUGGAUGCCUUGGCCGGAGCGAGCCGGUGCAGGGGAAAGGACGAGGGGUCGACGUUCCCUGCGACGAUCUGUUCGCUGCCUUGCAGAGCGGCUCACAGAGCACUCUUUCCGGCGCCGUCCUGCCUACUGGAGUGUAUCUUCAAGAGAGCUGCGCAUGCAUUCGGUCGGGGAACGAGGCCCCUGACCUGCUGCUGCCUUCCUUGGAGGAGCAGAGGCGAUUGUUGCAAGUGGCUGUACACUCAGUGAGACACCAGAACACCGACACCGCCACAAGUAGCCUAAGCAACAACCAGCGGGUCGUGCUGAAGCCUGGAGAGGUAUUUGUUUCGCGCCACUCUGCGGGCUCCCGUCCACAGGUUUGCUUUCACUUGGCAGUUGCCUUCCCGGGGCAGAGACACGACGGUUCUCAACCUUGUAACGCGGAUACAGCUGCAGGCGAUGCGAACACAACAGUGCUCGGCACACACAGUGGCAGCAACAAUCGCGGCAAAGGGGCUGAACUGGAGUGUCUCAGUGCGCCUGUAUGCGAGGGGCUUCGGCAAGUCCUGUGGCUAUGCGAGCAGCAUGCGGUUGGGGCAGUGCUGGUGCCUUUACUGCUGCUGGAGACAGAAGGCCUCGCCAGCUGCCUUCCAUUUGCUUUACUGCAGCGGAGGAUGCUCGCAGUGCUGCGGUGCCUUCUCACAGAGCUGAAGGCCGUUGCGCUAUCCCCCGGAAGCAGCAGCUGCUGCUCCUCUGAAGCUACAGCCAAUCGUUUGAAACACCUUGUGCUGCUUCUGCCACCCAUACAGCCGCACCAGCAGCAGCAAGAAGGAACCGUCCAGAUGGACCUGUUGGUCCAGGCUGCAGUGAACUUCUUACGAAACUCAGCUUGCUGCUGCUAA